AACAGCUUCCGAACACACGAGCGGGGAGCCAUGAAGGUUUUUCAAAAUUAAUUUUUAAACUUAAUUAUAGUAUUAAAAUAUACAAGUUUAGCCCUAACCGACAUGUCUCGUUGUUUGCUCCGCUUCCGGAGAUGUUAUUCGACCAAAGUGAAAUUGACAACAAUUUUGAACGAAGAUGUCCGUCAAAAAGUAUCCGGCGAAGAAAUCAAACCCAGGAAGCAUCCGGGCAGAUGUAAAUUAAUCGCCGAACCAUUACCCAACGACUUGAUAAAAUCCAUCGUGAAAUCGUUAAAAGACGAACAGGUGAAAAGCAUCGUACAAGACGGUCAACUACUAGUUAAUUACUUGAAGAGCAGACAUGUCCCCGUUGAAGAAAACGAGUUAAACGAUAAGAGACGAGCCCACCAAGUCGAACUGGAAGAUAAAUACGAUAUUCAAAAUAUGUCUGAAGAACACAAAGAAAAGUUUGAAAAAUUUCUAAAAAAUCGUAUAGAAAAAUUAGUGGCUCAACGUACGUAUAAGUGGAAGCCCAUCGAUUACAAUAAUGAAUAUGUAUGCUUCCAGUAUCUGUUAUCCAGAAUUGCUCCUGAUUACGCUACAAUGAGAAUGUUGUUUAAUGAAAUACGACAAAGAGACCCCGACUUUGCGCCACAAUCCCUGUUUGAUUUUGGAUCUGGAAUCGGUACAGUAACUAUGAAUGCUAAAAACAUUUGGGGCAAAUCGUUAAAGGAAUAUUACUGUGUAGACACUUCGUCGAAAAUGAACGAUUUAUCGAAGCUCAUUUUACAAGGAGGAAAUCCGGACGAUGAAAGUGCUUUACCGAAAGGUUUAUUUUAUCGACAGUUCUUGCCGUCUUCGCCAAAACUAAAAUUUGACCUCGUCGUGUCUGCAUUUUCGUUAUUCGAGCUGCCAGAUAUGAAAAAUCGUUUUGAGACUAUUUUGAAUUUGUGGAAUAAAACAAACAAAUACAUUGUGCUCGUCGAAUUGGGAACGAGAGCCGGAUUUGAGUUGAUCAACGAAGCCCGGGACCUUAUUUUAAACAUCUCCUCGAGUAACGACGGCGACUGUCAUGUGUUUUCACCGUGUCCUCACGAACACUCUUGCCCUAGAUUCGAAACGGACAAUACUCCUUGUAAUUUUGAAAUAUCCUACUAUACGCCAAAUAUAGCUCAACAGUCACAAUUUAAACGAGCUCCGAUUUCGUAUAUUAUAGUGAAAAAAGGACCUAGAUUGGCCGACGAUGAACAAUGGCCUAGACUAGUCCGGCCGGUCAAAGUGCGUUCGAAACAUUCUAUCUGCCGUAUGUGCACUAGCAGCGGCAAACUGCAAGAAAUUAUUUUCACCGCUUCAAAACACGGAAAAAUUCCGUAUCGGUGCGCAAGAUCUAGUAAAUGGGGAGAUCGUCUGCCAGUAGUUAUUAAAGAAGACGAAUAUGAAAAAGAAGACAAAGAAGAAUUAGAUGAUUCUAAAUAAAACUUAUUAUAUUAUGUUAUUGUACAAAUAUUUGCUUAGUUAAUAUACCGUGUAUUUUAUCAUUUUAAA